AUGAGGAUGUGGGUUGGAACAUUUGACAGUGCAGAGGACGCAGCCAUUGCUUAUGACAGGGCUGCCCUCAGCAUUAGAGGUCCCAGAGCCAUUCUCAACUUACCCAUAUUCACUUCCUGUUUCAGUGAAGAGAACGAAUCUAUUGAUGGUGGAUGUCAUAUUACAGAAGAAGAAAAAGAAGAAAGUACAUGUGCAAGCAGUGAGAAAUUUGUGAUAGAAUUGGAGGAUAUGGGUGUAGAUUAUUUGGAAGAGCUUCUUCUCACUAGUGAGAGAAUAACUGCUUCCUGGUUUUCUGGUUCUCUACAAGAGCGGCUAAUUUCUUAA